UCAAGAUCGACCUUGCACAUCUCGGCCCCACAGCCGGUCCAGCGAUUUGCUUCUGACCGGGGCGCGGCAGACUUGGCCAGGAUCUUGGUGGCCAUGUCUUCGAUUGCAAGAGGGGUACUGGCCAGCUUUUGCUUGGUGGUAACUGCGGCGGAUAACGAUGAGAGGAAGCUGCAAGCAUAUGGUGGAUGCCCCAUGUGGGACAACACUUCCUUUUCAGAUGAACCUUCUCCCUUUGGCUGGCCUUUGUCACCGAAUGACUGGAGUUUUGCGGAAGAGGGUGAGUGGCCGCACCAUUAUUUGGCGUGUGGUGGUGUGCGCCAGUCCCCUGUGAACAUCCCACUCCACGGUGAUACCUGUGGCAUUAACAGGAUUGGGGAGCCGGAUGGUGCUUUGAAGGACGCGACUAGAUACAAGGUUGUAUCCUAUGCCAAGGUGGAAGCAAGUCACUACAUGCGGACUGUGAAAGUCAUGGAUGAUUUCGGAACCUUGACCCUGAAAGAUGAGUCAGGCAAUGACGUCGUAUACGAAGCAAUCUCAGCGCAACUCACUGCGCCGAGCAUGCACACAGUCGACGGAAAGCAUUAUGCUGCCGAGCUUCUUGUUCUGCACAAGCCCAUGGGUGCGCGCGACAUGCUUCAGGAAGGCGUGAUUUUGAGCGUUAUGUUUGAUGACACGAAUGGAACCGAGAGCCCGCUCUUCACGCACUUUGGCUUUGCUCCAGACAGCCAGGGACACUCUCCAAGCAAGACCUGGGCUGCCCCUCACUACAUUGACGUGGCUCAGGAGAUCAAGGAGGUCGUGAAGGGCCCUUCUUAUCAGUAUGAUGGAAGCCAACCGGUGCCACCGUGCCACGAGAAUAUCAAAUACCUGGUGCUCGGGAAUGCCAUUCCAGUUCUCCCUGCACAAGCACUUGCGUUGGAAGAAACCUUGAAAUGCUGGGCAGGUGGCAAGCUCAAGCGGCCCCCAGUCAAAGGAGAGUGCCGAGAAAUAAGAAAGGACACCACAACGCUGGGCGGCCCGCACUUUGCAGCCACUUGCGAGGCAGCAGAGGCUGCCGGAACCAGCUACCGGUUGGCAGCAUGCUGGGACCUGGGCCUUGCUGAGGAUGAAGCUGCGAGCUGUGUGAAGUCCCCGAUUGAUUUGAACCAAGAGAUGGCUUCGACCAAGGAGUCAACGAAGCCAACCUUCAACUUUGCGUCCAUUAAGCAUGCGAGGGUGGAGCCAAGCAAUUUCUCAUUGGACGUCAUCCCACUUGAGGUGGGGGCACCUGGCCCACUCCCGAACUUCGGUACGAUCAUGAUCCUUGGGAAGAAGUACAUGGUUCGCAAGGUUUCUGUCAGACCAUUGUCAUCGCACACCUAUGAAGGGAAGCGCCACGUUGGGGAGAUCAUUAUUGAAGCGUUGGUCUUUGGAGAUGAAAUCAGUACGCAAGCGGCGAUGAUCUUUGGACAGGCUGCAAAGGAGGGUCAUUCAAAUGGCCAUUCCAACAGCCACAGGCGGCUAAAGUAUGCCCAGAACAAAGACAACACUUACGGGGAUGAUGAACUGCACCGUGUUUUCAUCAGUGUGCCGAUCAAAUUCGGAGUGGAGAGUGCGCUUCUCCGACAGAUAGGUUUGCCUUUCCAAGCUUACAAGGAGGCAAUCAAGGACCGGCACCCCUACCACAUCGAGAGCACCAUAGACCUGCAGGGCGGUAUCCAGGAAGCCCUCAAUGGAAAGUGGCUCUUCUACAGUGGCGGCGCUGUGGAUCCGACCUGCCCGAAGUGGGGUGUGAGGUGGCUAGCCCUCACCACGCCCAUCACUGCAAGCCUCACUCAGAUCAACUAUUUGCAGCUGCCGGUCACUGGCAUGGACUCAGUGAGGUUUCCUGGAAUCACCCUGAACAGACAGGAGUAUGCUGAGCAGGUGUACCUGGAUGGGCUUCCAAUGUGGGCUUUGAGCUGGCACAAGACGUGUGAUCCCAAUGCGCACUGGACAUACGAUGACGUUCACUGUUGGGAUGUGAUGUACCCCACCUGCAAGGAAGGAACUCGGCAGUCGCCCAUCAACAUUUUGACAGAUCAAGUCGAGAAGGUGGGAAACAGCGACUUCUUGAGCCGAGUUGACUGGAAGCCUGUGAGCGGCCUGAAGGUCGCGAACAAUGGUCACAGUCUCCAGAUCACCAAUGACAUGUUUGGCUACAUCAGACUCACUGGUGAGGAUGGCUUUCCCGACUUUUACGACAUUGCACAGUUCCAUCUUCACAUGCCUUCAGAGCACUUGAUCGAUGGGCGGCAGUUUUCAGCGGAACUGCAUGUUGUGCACACUCGUCAAGUUGCAGUAGGUCAAGAGAAGAACACAUAUGACUCCUUCCCGCUGGUGGUUCUGGGUUUCAUGUUCGACAUUGGCGAGGAAGAGAGUCCUUUCUUGAAGCAGUUCUAUUUGGGUCAGGAAACGAUUCCCAACAACACUUUCAAGACGACCAAGCAUCCUGUUGAUUUGAUGCGAUCCUUUGGGCCAGCUCUCAACGGAGACUUCUACCGUUAUGACGGCAGCUUCACUACUCCUGAUUGCCACGAACAGAUCAAGUGGUUCGUUUUCGACCACGUCUUCAAAAUGAGCCUGGCACAGUGGGAAACCUUCAAAGUUGAGUUCCCCUUUGCGCACUUCAACCGACCAGUCAACAAGAUCCAAGAGCACCACGUUGUGAAGAAUGACUUCAAGGAAGGCGUUGAAGCGAAGUACGAUUUCUUCCUCGGCCGCAACGUUGGAAGGAACCGCCUCUUGCCAGGUGAGGGCUAUAUCCUGUUCCCGGUUGUUGCUUCACUAGUUGUGAUGGUUUGCAUCAUGCUUGCCGUCUUCGUUCGUGAGGGCCGUAGUAAGCUUGAAAGUGCCGGUGGGCUGACUGAGACAAUUGGCAGAGUGACCUACAACCGAGCUUAAAGCCCUUCCCGUGGUUCACGACGCAUGUCUGGGUGCUAUUGCACCAUCUGAGCAGUUUGGAGUCUUGAC